GACGCAGGCAGAGGGCGGUUUAGUUUUCAAGCUUGGUCAGGAAACAUGCUCACUGCACCAGACAAACAGACAAACAUCCCACAUACACUAGCCGGGAAGGCGAGCUUAAGCACACACUGUCAUCAAUUCUGCUGUUGAGCCGUAGAGAUGCUAGACAGCACAUUUCACCGGUGGAGAACUCGUGAAUUUACUGAAAAGGAGCAACAUCAAGACGAACCUCAACAAGAAAACCUUAAAAAACUCUGGGCUACAGACUGAAGAGUGACAUGGCAGACCUUGUGUCAGGAUUACUUAUUUGUCUACUGGCUGUGCAGACCAUUCAGCAUGAUGGUAAUAGACCCAGGACCAAAACAAACAUUUCAUCGGUUGUAAAACCAAAAACCUUCAAGGGGUGGAGGAACACACUUAACCACACAAAUCAGCUGCCAGCCCGACUCCAUCCCAGCUCAAACCCUUGGCUCUAUGUGAACCCAGAGGACCCAGUGACAGCCUACACCACAGGGAUCCUCAGUACCAGGGUCAUACCUUCGACGUACAUCCUGGCCAUGCUCGUGGGAGUCCCCUCCAAUGCCUACAUUCUGGGCUUCCUCAGAGUCCGACUCAGAGCCAAGUCCGUGUCCACAGUAGUUCUUUAUCUGAACCUGGCCUUGUCCGACCUGCUGCUCCUGCUCUCCCUGGCGUUGCGUGUUCACUACCACUUCAACGGAAACAACUGGAUAUUUGGGGAAACCUCCUGCCGGCUCAUCACAGCCUUGUUUUAUGGCAAUGUUUACUGUUCGGCUCAAACUAUAGCGUGCAUCAGCCUGAAGCGCUACCUGGCCGUGGUCAGACCGUUUUUGUAUCGAAGGCUGACUAAGACUACGCUGGCAGUGGGGACAUGCUUGGUUGUUUGGUUCCUGUUUGGGGCUGCUGUUGUGCCAGAGCUCCUUGUCAGGCAGAGCUACCAGAUUACCCAGCUGGGAGUCACCACCUGCCAUGAUGUACUUCCCCUGGAGGAAAAAUCCCAUUCCAGUUUGAUGCAGUACAGACUGAUGCUAGUUUUUCUGGGAUUCAUUGUUCCCUUCCUGAUUUGUAUUUAUGCCCACGUGGCAGUGGUAUACCACCUAGGUCAAUCUGGGUGUGACUGGAGAGCUUUUAUCAGGGUGAGCACGCUUGUCUUUAUCAUCUUUGUGGUGUGUUUCUUGCCCAGCGGCAUCCUGCAUAUCGCCCACCACAUCCGUCUGUUUUCCAGCGGGGACGACAGACUGUACGGAUACUACAGAGUAGCAGUGUGUCUCUGCUGCUUCCACAGCUGUCUAGAUCCCUUCCUGUGUUUGCUCGUUUCCAAGACGCCAGCCUCAGAGCUACAGUUCAUUUCCCUCCGUGAGAUACCUCAGAGACCAGCAGUUAUGACAUGAGACUGGAUGUCCCCCCGCCGAAAAAAAAUGCAUGUCCUUUGUGGACCAUUGUUAGGACACAGCAGGGAAGCACAAGGGACAAAGAUGUGAAAGUUGAAACUGGACACUGUGACGUUGACAGGGUAAUGCUACAAUUUCUGUUACGUCCAAAACAACAACAAUCUUUGUAGCACAAAGUCUGUGUGCUGUGUCUGAGAAGGAAUAUGUAUGUGACCUGUGUUACCUAUACAAGCAUAUCAUGUACACGGAGCAAAGUCUCAGAUUGGGAACUUGAUGACAGUCACAGUACGUUGACAACCAUAAACUACUAUGUUGUUUUGUUACGAAGACAAAACAACAUAGUAGUUUAUGGUUGUCAACAUACUCUAUUUAUGUAUGUUGACAACCAUAUUUAGAACUUGUAUGUAUAUAUUUAUAUACACUUGUAUGUAUAUAAAUAUAUACAUACAAGUUCUAAAUCAACAAUGAAGUAAUUCACAUUCAUACAAAUGUAGUCACAUAAAUACUGUCAUUUAAGUGAUGGAAGGCUGCUUUGAGAUUCCAAUAAAACUGAUGAGAAGGAAAAAAAUACGGUAACAAGCAGCACAUUUCUCCACAGUCCUAACUAAAAUUUUAAAAUCAGGGUUAAAUUACCUGGCAGAGAAGUUCCUUGGUAUAUUGUAGGACAUCAUGGUAGUGUUUGGCUGUGGCUGGGUUCACCCCAGUAAGCUUGGCUGUAGGCAGCAGCAGGGCUGUAAGGGUCUGCUGAUGAUCACCUGAGUUAAGCGCCUCGUUGAUCUCAGCGAUGGCUAUAAUGCCUGGAGGCAAAGCACAAGAAACAUUGGAAACUUGACCAGUCACUGUGUUUAAUUCAUUGUAACACUAAGGAAUCCAAUUGCUUAGUUAUACAGGAGGAGGCACAUGCCACAACACGUAAACUUAAAAUCUAUUUCUUCCUUACGUUCAUGCUCUUCGUGGACCUGAACGUUCACCGUGUCAAUGCACUUCUGAACGUCAUUCCAGGUGAGGAACUCUUGGCCCUUGGCGAGAGACUCAGCUCGCUCCUUGAUGAGUGUGUCAGCAUACCUGAAGGAGAGUGUCAUGGAGAGUUUCAGAACGGUUUCAUGACAUUAAAUGAGUCGCAACUCAGUAGCCCAGCCUGGUGUUGACAAAGUAACAGUGGAGAAAAAACCUGGAUUGCAACAACUUAAAACCUAAAGACAUCCUUCCUAUAACUUCAAUCUUUUAAUCAGAUUAAUAUCUCCUCACCAUAGCACCAUAAGUCAAUGUUAUGGCCAUAGCCCCCCCCCCCUCUCUCCAUUCUGUGUUUAACCUGUCAAUCCAAGCAUGUAAAGCAGGAUGUGUCGGAGCUCAACCGGGAUUGGACGCAGCCUGGAGUUCCUGUAGUCCUGAUUGGUGCGGCACCUGGUCCGGUGCUUCAAUCAUCUCCAUCAAUUAUGAGUUACCCUGCUCUUAAAAGUGGACCGGACUCAUCAUUCGCGGCGGCUGACUCGGCAGUACACAUAGAACUGAGAGAUUUAGCGAGCAGAGUGCUCUUACUGUGUUUUGUAAAGAUGCUCUUUGUUAAUUUUGUUUGGGAACUGGAGAUUUGGAAUGGCUUAGUUUUGUAAUCACUGAUUUGUGCACUUUCACCUUUUAGAGUUUUGAUUUUGUUAGUUACACUACGAACAGUGGUGCUGUUUUUAAUGUGUUUUGUUUUUCUACUCAGAAUUAGGUUUUGAUUUCACUCUGUUUAUUUCUUAGAGAUUUGGAUUAGUUGUAAACUCUGCUUUUUAUAGAGUUCUCAUUUGGUUUUUUAAUUUAAACAGCAUCCACCUGUCCUGUUUCCCCUCCCUCAGGUAAGACACACAGUUGCUGCUCUCGUAUUUUUCUUGUUCACAAUAAAUAAUUUUAUUUAAACCACCAAAA